AUGGACAACCAGUCACAUGCGAUAAGUGUAGUAAGUUAUGAAUAAUUAUGGUGUAAUAAUAAUAAUACUUAUUUAUAGCGUACAAAUGAUUGAUGAAGACACGUCGAACAAGAUCAACAUUAUUUUGUUGAAAAAUAGAGUCGUCUAAAAUCUGGACACGAAAAAAACAAAAGAGGAAUUUGCCUAACCUGUUUUGGAAAUGGCAAGAAAGGGAAAUGUAGCAUCGCGCACUUCAAUCCAUCUUCUAUUGAGAGACACAAGAACACUGUUCACAGUGGAGUUCAGGCAUUAAUUGUACGAAACGAUGAUCUGAGAGCAAGGCAUGCUGUUAAAUUGCUAAAUGAAAAUGAAUCCCUUAUUAAACCUGUCCCACCGCUACCCGGCAAAACGUCAGGAGAAAAAGAUCAGGAGCAAUUAAACCGCAACGAGGACAGCCACGAUCAGACCACUGAACAAGAUAAAGAAAUGUCAGGUGAAAGCUCCAAAUGUUUGUUGGAUGAAGAUAUUUGGACCAUUCCACCUCCCUUAUCCUCUCUUAUCCCUUUAUCUGAAGAAGAUCCGUUAAUUGAUAAAGAAGAAUCACUCACUAGUCAGCCCAAUACACAGUCUGCAGUAGACAAGUUUUUUGUUAGUUCCAAAGAAAUCGCACAGUCCUCGGAGCCUUCAAUCAAGGAGUUGUCAGGUAAAUUGGACAAAGUCUUGAAUUUAUUGUCGGUAAGUGCGACUAAUACAGAGGCAGUUCCAAAAGGUUCCAGAGGCAGUUCUAAAGCAAUUCCAAAAAAACAAAUUCUGCCGAGAGCAUCCCUGGCAAUUCUGCUUCAAAAAUAUUCCGAAUUUUUAGACCUGAAUAAGGAUAUUGAACUUGUUGGAGACUCAGAAGAUAAAACUGUACCUUGCAAAAUUUGCUUUUUUUACUUGAAUAGCAAGAGCGCAUUGCAGCGAGCGUCCCAUCUUCCAAGUUCGGGUUGUGUCUCUACAGGUUUACUGAUAUGGCAAGAGGCCUAUCAACACUGCAUUUUGGGCCAUAAUAGCACAUGGUAACGUCUUAAGAAAAGAAUGUUGGACCACUUUAAUAGCAAUAAUGAGAAUCAAAUUCGAACAGGCCUUGGCAUUGUGAAGACAAAAUCUGCGGCGCAGUCAUACAAGACGAGAAUUGCCGAGCUACAAAUGUCAGGAACAGAUGUUGGUGACUUUGGCCAUGGUUGUAAUCAAUUCAACGAUAUAAUUAAAGUGGCAACAGUUGGUUCUCUCUACUCCGAUGCCUAGCACUGGUCUCCCUCCACAUUUCUACAUUACAGCAGAGAAGAGUACAAACCACAGAGUAACAAAUCAAGUGUCUAUGGUGUGUCCAGUGGUGGAUGGUGAACGGAAGGCCAUACCAUUAGCAACGAGACAAGUUCACAAAGAUUCUUCUGGCCAUGGUGGACUUGGUGACGAACUCGCUGAGAAGGUCUUUGAGGAUCUGGAUAAGCAUGCAAAGAUAGAUAAAGACACCCCAGGUUGAUGCAAGCCCAAGGGAAGGUGUUUGAUGGUCAGCACCUUACAAGACCCUUCAUCCAAGCAAUGAAUGAGCAUAUAAAAGUCCUCUUAAGUGGAAAUGAAAUCAAUGAUUUGCCGGAAGAUGCUACAGAUGAUUUCUGGUGGCCAGCGCAGUGGGACCCCACCCAUUGGCUCGAUCUUGUCUUUGAAAAAUUUAGAGGAGAAGUGUUUGUUGCAAGGCUUCUCAGUUGUACAAAACCUUGUUCACUGCCAGUUCGGACACGGGAAAUUGCACAGUGUUUCUAAAGCAACAGCUGCAGAUUUGGACCUUCCAUUCCAAGUCACUGUCUCAUUUGCAACUCAACGAUUCAUGAGUAGCUCUUACCAACAUUUUCUGGAGCUUGAGAAAAGUUUGGGAGUUUAUAUCAACUUUUCGAGAUCAUGACAAUACUGAGAUUACCGAGUACAAAAUUGCUGGUACCGAUUUUGUAUACGACUUAUUGGGAACUAUUGAUCUUCUGUGGCCUUUAGCCCUCCUAAUGAUCUGGGGACAGUUGGAAUGGUGUCCUGUUUGGAAAUUCCCAAGUUGGAUUCCCUUGGUGGAGGAACAGCUUCGCCAAGUUGCUAAAGAAGUGAUAAAGGAUGGUCCAGCCCAUUCCGUUUGUCCUCAUCUUCAUGAGCAUUGA